UCUCGCUCAUAUUGUUGAUUUUUCGCGAUUUUCUUGCGAUUUCGUGGGUAAUAUUCAGUUUUUCCGGUGAAAUUGAGUUUUGUAGGAUUAAAAGGAUUAAAAGACAAAUCCAGGAACAAAUAGUAAAAAAAAUAAAUAAAAAACAGGCUGUUUGAUAUGCAAUGAAGCCGACCCUGCAAAAAAGAAAACACGAAGAAAAACAAGGACUUAGGGGUGAAGAAGAGUAUCUAAUAAAAAUUUAUUAUGUUUUAAAAUAUAAAUAUUAAUUACUAAAAAAAACAGUAAAUACCGCUCAACACCUGAAAAAUGUAAAUUAAGAAAAAAAAGGUAUAAAAUUACGAAUAAAUUCUUAAGCGGUUCAAUGUUAAAAUCGUCUGAUAGUAAAACUUUAGUCUCGUGCUGAUUCAUCUCUGUGCUGUCACUCCAGUUGUUGGCCUGAAAAGUCCAAAAUCUAAUCACUGCUUAUUACGUUAGUUUUCACAUUGUUGCAAUGUUCCUGCCAUUUGUCCGGAGAUUCCCUCCUCUGGUUCUUCGGGGGAGCUACAGAUUCGCCUCGACGGAUCUCGUGAGAACUCAGGUGGAUGAUAAGACGGGAAUAGCAGUGGUGUCAAUGAACAGAGCUCCUGUAAACAGUCUCAAUCUUGACCUUCUUCGGGAGAUUUCUUCAGCUCUCGAUGAUGUGGAGAAGAAUAAAUCAACCGGAAUGAUUUUAACAUCAACCGCAGAGACGGUUUUCUCAGCUGGUUUGGACAUCACUGAGAUGUACAAACCGGAGCAGGCACGGCUGAAGGAGUUCUGGACAACCCUCCAGGAUGUUUGGACGAAGUUGUUUGGCUCUUCCUUCCCCACGGCAGCUGCAAUCAAUGGGCAUGCCCCAGCUGGAGGAUGCCUCCUGGCCAUGAGCUGUGAAUAUCGGGUGAUGAGACCAAACUUCACAAUUGGGCUCAAUGAGACUCAAUUGGGGAUUGUUGCACCCAUUUGGUUCAUGGCUACAAUGGAAAAUAUCCUUCCGCGUCGUGAAGCUGAACUUGCUCUGACGCUGGGGAAGAUGUUUAGCACGGAGAAGGCUCGGGAGAUUGGCCUAGUGGAUGAUGUGGUGGCCACGAAGGAGGAGGCAAUUGCCAAAUGCACAGAUUUCAUUCAACUCUUCGCGAAGGUGCCCAAAACAGCCAGAGCUCUGACCAAACAAGCCUUCCGGCGGAGAUUCCUGGAGACACUGGAUCGUGAACAGGAUCUUCAGAUGUUCCUCUACUAUACUCUUCAGCCACAAGUCCAAAAGGGAUUAGGUUUGUACAUGGAUAGACUCAAGAAAAAGUAAAAGUUUUAAUUGAAUUUAUAUUUUUUUUUGUAAAUUAUUUAAGAAAUAUUUUACAAAGAAUAAAUUUUUAUACGUAAA